ACCUGAAAUGUAGCAGACGAUACAGGUGGCAUGUGAAAUUUGUAAAUAAACUUAAUUUGUAGCUUUAAUUAUGAGUGAAAGGGUGCAAAAGGAACGUUCCGAUAAUUCCGAAACUAAUGAAGAUGCAGUGGAUCCAAGGGUGCAGAUCGAACUCGAAAGACUUAAUACAGCGACUGACGAUAUUAAUAAACUCGAAGUCGAUUUAGACGAAGCAAGAGCGACUUUUCGAGAAUUACUCUGCGAAUCCUCACUAAAAAUCGACACUCUUGCCAAAAAGUUAGGCGACUGUAUAGAAAAAUCAAGGCCCUACUAUGAUGCGAGAUUCAAAGCUAAAGAGGCCUUAUCAGAAACGCAAAGAGCUGCUGUCAAAUUUGAAAGAGCAAACAGUCAACACGCAGCAGCCAAAGAAAUGGUUUAUUUAGCCGAAGAGGGUCUCAAGACUGAAGGACGGUGUUUUGAUCAUGCUUGGCAGGAAAUGCUAAACCAUGCGACAUCUAGAGUCAACGAAUCGGAACACGAGAGGGCGCUUUCAGAAGCUGAACAUCGACGAACGACUGCUUUAUAUCACCAAGCAGAACACGAGGUUCAACGUCUUCAACGAGAAUUGAGACGUGCAAUCGCAAAAUCCAGUAUGGGUGCACGCCGCAGCUUGCUUCUGAUAAACAGUAUCGCCUACAGGCACAACUUGCUCAUCUUGCGGUACUACGAAACGAAAGCUCAAUUUCACCAAAUGCUGGAGGGGCAAAAAACGAGAGUGAGCAUUUUGGAAAGAUCCGUGGGAGAAGCCAAAAUGACUUAUGCUGACGCUCUGAGAAAUCUGGAGAGAAUAAGCGACGAGAUUCACAGAACGAGAAAGUACGACGGUACAAAUGAAUCCAGAAAACAAAACGAGUCGCAACAGCAUUCUGUAAAUCAAACAAAAUCGGGUACGCCUACAGAUUCCAGUUUUACCGGAUCACCAGAUAGUACCGAUUACACAAGUGAUGAAUAUCUCCGACUACCUGAUAAAAUUACCUCACAGUCUUCGUUCACCCCAUCGUCUAAAAUUGAGAGGGAUCCUUCCUCAGAAUACUUGGGCCUCUGCAACCUGAGUCUCUCCUCCAACGAACCCAGACGCUACAUAAAGCGAGAUCGUCCCCAAAGUAUCGCAACCACUGAUGCGAAACAUACCUCCGCAAUGCAAAAUAAAACAAGCGCAUCCACUCCACGUCUCUCCGAUUUAUCGGGUGUGGAAAAGAAAGUAAAAAUCACUUCCCCGCGGAAGGACAAAAAUCGAGAAAAUGGAGAAGAGUGGACGGAGAUCAGCUUGAACAAUUCCCCGGAGGAGACUUUUUACAACAACGAAGCCUUCUCGGACGACGAGGAUGGGAAAAUUCCGUAUAAAAGAUUGCCCAUCGACUUGAGUCUGGAGGGUGAAAUUGUCGAGAGAUCCGGGGAGAAGAGGAAAAACAAACUAGUCACUCAACAGUCCCUGCCGGCAAUGCCAAAGACGCAUGAGGUCAGUCUUAGUGAUGAGAGUAAGGCUGAGGUUACGAGGAGUCCUAUUAAAAGUAGGAGCAAAGUUGAUAGUCGAAUUGCUAAUUGGAUUUCGAGAAACUCUGUUACUGGCGAAACUAGUGGAAAUAGUUCUGCGAAUUCUAGUCGACGCCAGUCAUUAGACAUGCUGUGGAAUGCGGGAACAGGAGAAAGAGUUAAGGAGUUGUUGAGCCAUGGUAUGAUGAUGUUGAACAUAUCUGGCAUUACCGACAGACGUGCCAGUGAACCAAGAACAAUGGAGAAGGAGAGAGAGAGUAAAGAGAGGUCUGAAAAGACGGAAUUGAAAGGGAAGAAAGUCCCAAGUCCGUUGGAGAAAACCAUAAGCUACCUCAACCCUGAUGAAGAGAUUUCGGACAGUGAAAGUUUAGCAAGUGUGGAAAUGCUAACGGAAGAUCAGAUCUCGUCUUUAAUGAUGGAACCCGACAUGAAUCAAGUCUGUCAAGAGGUUCUAGGAACGCCUCUCGUCGAGGUUUGUCCACUUUUACAGCAACUCCAACAACAACAACAGUAAAGAGAAUAUUGCAAAGUGUUCAAAAUGGUCAUAUUUUAUAUUUUAUGCAUCGUUUUCUUUUAAAGACCGAUUUAUUUUCAAUUAACUUUUCCGCCUUUUGCAAAAGCGGAGCUUUCUUGAAGGUAUCCAUUCCUCGACAGUUUAUUAUCUGCUGUUCUCUUUUAUAUUUCAUCAGUGCUAAGGUUUCUGUUAUUCCAAAAAAGUAUUCAUAUUUACAUUUCUUUAUUUACAAUUUUUUCUAAGAAAGUGAGAACGCUGAUCUAAUCAGCUAGAUUAGUUAUUUAUUGAUUUAUUUAGAUUCUUAUAUUUUAAAAUGGUGCGAAUGUUAAUGAGUUGAGUUUUGUGUUUGUAGAAAAGCAAAUUUUAUGAUUGUACAGCUAAACUAGGAAGUAGCGAUGUCUUCUGAAAAAAAAGAAUGUAGGUUAUUCUUAGGAAACUUAAUCUCAGUCGAGAUUUCUGAAAUUCGAGCGGUGGUAAAUUUCGUCCCAGGUACCUGUGUACUGUUCCCACACUACGACGCGGCUUUCCCUCACUCAGCAGCCAUUUAUAGAGCAUUAAGGAAAAUUUAAAGCAUUUAUUAUUUAAACAAAUAUAUAUAUAAUAAUUAUUAAAUAUAUUUUUACAAAAACAUUUGGG